AUGUUAAGGUGGAUUGGCCAAUGGUCGCUUCCGUUGUAUACAGUUGGUACUUUCCAGUCUAAUUCAGAGGCGAAAUUGGUGCUGGAUAUUGUUAGAUCUAUGGCUGAUAAAGAACUGUUUGUGGAAUUGUGUCUUGUUAGGUCACCAUUAUUUAGAAUUAUUAGUGAAGGAUUUUCUAAUAAUUUUUCUAUCGUUUUCCCACGGUUGUCAGUGUGUGRUGAUCCCCAUAAGAUGUUUCUGCUGUUGAAGUYRCYCAGGAUUAAGAAAGAAAGAAUAAAAAGAGUUGCCGAGAUGAAAUUAUGUAAAUUGUGUUUACGACAACACGURCCGAAAAAAUGWAACGGUAAAAAUUGUUUUGCUUGUUCAAAACCUCAUAACACCAUGCUACAUUUAAGUAAUAGUUCAGAGUCAAGAAAGUCGGAAGCCGAAAAAACGUCCGAAGAUCCAGAAGCGACAACAGCGGUUAGUGUACACGUAGCGGCUAACUCGGGCGACCAGGUAUUAUUGUCAACAGCGGAGGUGCAAGUUCAAAAUGAGAGUGGUGAAYCGCAAAUCGGACGGGUAUUGUUAGACUCAGGUUCGCAGUGCAAUUUUAUAACCGAAAGUAUGGUACAAAUAUUAAAAUUAAAAAAGACGCGCGUACAACAUACCGUAUUAGGUAUUGGAGGCAAAAGUCAAAACGUGAAGGCGGCUGUUGUAGUGAAGAUUCGGUCGCGCAUUAAUAAUUAUAGUUUAACGUGUUCCUGUUUAGUGGURCCUMAAAUUACAAAUAUAUUACCAUCAGAAAAUAUCGGAGGUGAAUGCAUAGUACCCUCGAAUAUAGAACUAGCGGAUACUUCAUUUAAAGUUCCAAAAAAAAUUGAUUUAUUGUUAGGCGCGUGUCAUUUUUUCGAAAUAUUGUGUAUAAAAAAAAUUAAACCGACAAUAAAUGGACCAAUAUUUCAAGAAACUCAAUUGGGCUGGAUUGUUUCCGGUCUAGUGRCAUCAAAACAUACGAAUAACAAACCUAAUAAUAUAAAAUGUCAUACCRCGUUASUAGACGAAAACGAAGGUACUAAUUUGGAAAUUAUGGUAUCAAMAUUUUGGCGUACAGAAGAGUUUGAACCUGCAGUGCCCUAUACUACGGAAGAAAAAAAAUGUGUCGAUCACUUCGAAAGUACG